GUUCCUGUCAGUCCAAGUUUGAUUUUAUAAGAAGAAGGCACCAUUGUCGAAGAUGUGGUAAUAUAUAUUGUAAUAGUUGCUGUGAUAAUAAACUUGCUCUGCCUAGAAUGAGUUUUAUUGAUCCUGUUAGACUAUGUUCUUCCUGUUCAGAAAUCACACGCAAAGAAAACGAGUUUUUUGAUAAACAUUUGAAGACAUUGUUAAGUGGAGGUGAGUUCAUGAUAACAGAAGGUAGUGAUGAUUCUGAAAUCAGUACAUCAUAUUUAUGUAAAUUAGCUUCAGAUCAAAGAUAUCUAGUGUUUGAAGGGGAGCAUUCUAAAAUGGAUUCUAUAUUAUUAGAAGAAAUUGACACAAUCAAUAUUAUAUCAUCUGAGGCUAAUCAACUUGGUCAGAAAAUUGUCACAGGUAUAGCUCUUCGGUUUAAAGAUAGUUUUGGUGAUUAUCAAAUUUUAAAAAUGGAGAUCAAAAAAGAUGAAAGUGCUAAAUGUGGUAAACUUUGGAUUGCUGGUAUGUUGAAGGCCUUCAGAUUGAUAUUAGAGAGUCGAACUGGUAAAGCCUGUACAACUCCAACUGCUCAGUAAUAUAUAGUAGUUUAAUAGUAUCAAUACAGCUGACAGGACAAAUCUCUUCUUUAUUACAUUUCACACUUUUUUACAUACUCCAAAUUCUAUUCAGGCUUACAUAUUGCCUUAUUAUUUUGGAUUAGAGGACCAAAUCUCUUUCAUAUCAACUUAAACAGCAAUCUGUAACUAGUUUAAAAAUUAAAUUUAGAAAUGUGAUAAAAAUAAAGCUCAUAGCUCAGAUGUGUAAUUAACAUUCUUCUAUACAGGUGUUAACAACACAACAGCUUAUAACGGCCUUAAAAAAUUUUGACAUUGUCACUUCUACUUAGGGCCUGGUUAUAUGUAAAGGGUUAGCCCUGUAAAUCAAGCUGGCUUGGUUACCAAGGUUGAAAGUUUUGCCUUUUAAUAUGAUCGAAGGUAUGAGGCUUAUAUGAAUACCUAGCUGACACUGAUAGUCAAGGUUCCUUGUCUACAGACUGGGGUGCCUGGCUACUCCGACUAGCCCGCUUUCCAUACAAAUACGUUUAAAUCUGUUAAUAUCGACUAUAGUGACAUCAGACCCGAGAUACCCAGCAAACCAGGACAUCUUACCAAGCCGCGCUGCCCUACCACAUAUAACCAUAUAAGUUUUAGUUGAAAUCGAGCUAUGGUAGAGCAAAUCUGUGGAUGAUUAUAUUUCUUGCAAAAUUAGCUCUUUAUCCAGCCAGUUUCAUUUUGAUUAAUACUGGUUGAAGUUCCUUUAGUGCUCAAUAAACUUUAUGAAUAUGUUUAACAAUAUUAUACCUAUAAUAUAUCCUCAAAAAAUAUUGUGGCCUUAUGUAUUAACUCAUUUAUUCAUUAAUUUCAUUCUUUUAUCAGCUUUCAUUCAUUCAAUAUUCUUUCAUUUAUCAUUUCAUUCAUUUUGUUUGUCCAUUCAUUCAUUCAUCAUCUCAUUUAUCAUUUGUUUGUCCAUUCUUUCAUUCUUUAUCAUUCAUUUGUUUGUCCAAUCAUUCAUUCAUUCACUCUUGUUUGUUAUUAUUGUUACUAAAGUGAGGAGCAAUAUUGUUAAUAUUAUAAUAUUUUAGAUUCGUUACUAAUCAUGUUGCCAACUGACUUUCUCUGUGUUCUGCC